CUCCCUGAGCAACAUGUCUGCCGGCACGGCGCCUUGAGCGAGUGGCGUGAUCGUGAGCGCUGCGCUGCCGAUCCCGUGUGGACUGCCGAGUGAGCCGGUGGGGCAGCGGAGGAGGUCCCGGGACUCGUGAGCUAUGUUGGCCGCACUCGGUGGAUUCUUCAAGCGGCACCGCAGGAAGCUGAUUUUCACGGGCGCCGUGAUCGGAGGUGUUCUGGUGCUGGCACGGGUGGCUCGCCGCAAGCUCUUGGAGCUGCAGGAGCGCGAGGCAGAUGCGUACAUCACUCACGCUCGCCGCGUGCACCACUUCGAGAGCAACCAGCGCACGUGCAACAUGACAGUGCUGUCUAUGCUGCCCACGCUGCGAGACAACAUCACGAAGCAGCUGGACUGUGAGAGCCUGACGGCUGCCCUGCGCGCCAGACCUGCAAACAAGCUGGAAAUAUGGGAAGAUCUUAAAAUUCUGAGCUUCGCACGGAGCGUGGUGGCCGUGUACGGAGCGUGCAUGCUGGUGGUGAUGCUCAGAGUGCAACUCAACGUAGUGGGAGGCUACAUCUACUUGGACAACGCCAUCUCCAGCACGCGGGGUCCAGAGGCCAUUCGUGUCCCGAUGGAGGUACAGCAGCGAUACCUCUCCUCCAUCCAGUACCUGCUGGGGGAUGGGCUGAGCGAGCUAACCACGGAGGUGAAGCACGCCGUGCAGUCUGUUGUUGGCAGCGUGUCUCUGAGGCAGAGUGUGACGCUGCGCGAGCUGGAUGGAAUGAUCUCGUGCGUGAGGACUCUGGUGGAGGGCGACGGGCGACAGGAGCUCAGCAGCUUUGGGAAGUUCAUGCUGGCUCCGGAAGACGACGUACUAGACGGACAGGUGUGUGGCUCCAGGGAGGAAGAGCUGACUGCCCAGAAGAUGCUGAGUGAGACGAGGGACAUGAUGGACAGCAUGGAUUUCUGGACCGUGCUACGUGCAUGUCUGGACCGAGGCUUUUUGCGUCUCAUUGAUGGAGCAGCGGAGUCUUUUCGGCAGGAUCAGAUUACCGGAGGGCGGAACAUGAUGGGCAUCUCGGCAGAGUGGCUCCCUCUCGCAAAGGUCAUCCCCAUCCUUGAUGGCCAGAGUCACGUUGUCUGCAGCGACGCGCCCAACCACUUCGUGCAGGAACUGCUGACGAUGGAGACCGUGCGCAACUUUGCGGCGAACGUGUACGAGGCGUUCAGCAUGCCGGAGCAGCUGGGGAAGUGAUGCACUGUGCGCACACUCGCCCCGUCAUUCGGUGUGUUGUGCCUGAAGGGAGCAGAGGGAAUUCCCAUGUCUCCUAUACCUGCAUGCACCCACACGGUCAUAUGUUUUUUUUAAAUCUGCAUUCUCUCCUUGUGCUCGUGUGAUAUUCGUGCUCAACGACUUGAUCGUGCUUGCCAAAUGCAGUCUGCAUUGUGUGUGGGAUUCGCAUUCGGUGCAGGCAACAGACAGAACCCACCGUGACGGGGCACCCAUGGGAAGCAUCACCUAGCAUUAACCUGGAGGGGCCUAUGUCAGAGAUUUCAUGCGUGAAGAGGAGCUCAUCGUGCUGGUUGCAGGGAAUGAUCUGUGAAACGCGUUUUGAAGCCUGUGUUUGGGUAAUAUUUCUACGCAUGGUUGUGUAAAGAUGAAUGUGCAUUUGUUCACUCAUACGCAUUCACGUGGUCUUCACACGUAAAUUUUUGCCCUUUCACUUUAAAAUUCAUACUCAUACAUUUAAAUAAAUAUUUAAUGGCUAUGCAAACAUACACUUAAAUGGUCAAUUCAAAUCAUUAGCGUAUUGGGUAUUUGUGCCAAUCUCAUAGUGCAAGAAUAUCGCUACGUUUCACAGUCUGCAGUAGUUUUGCAGUAAGGGGCAAUGUUGCUACCUGUAAUCCCAAUUGAGUAAGUUUCAGUGCCAUUUUUUUACUUGUGGCAAAUUUGGAACACGCAGCCAGCCCUCGAGCCCGACUGUCUUUUAUUUAACAUCGCGGGAGAUUAAACAUCCACUGUGUGAAGCAAGUGUUGUUUGUAGGCCCUGAUAUUCCCCUUGUAUGGUAAUUGCUGUUUGACCAAUAUUCUUCCCUUGUUCUCGAGGCCCCGUUUUGAGCGCCUGCCUGUGGCUUUGUGCCCUUUGAAAUAACAGUCAUUUACCAGAGAUGUGAGUGGCCCGAACUACCGACCCGACUUCAACACACACAACGAGACCGCCCCAUUGUUAACACAUAAUUUAAAAUUUGAUUGUGUUGUGUUAAGCCUUGCUUAUACCCUUGUCUUUUUUAGACAUGGAGGUCCAGGCUCACCAUGAAUAAAGGUUACGUUGUGAGAAUUUUACAUUGUGUAGAAUGCAAACAAAUUGAUCAUUAUUUGACCAUUGCAUUAAACCAAAAAUACACCUAAA